UUUGGCAGGAGUAGAAACUCAUUAUAUUUUAACAACUUAAAGCGCAGAGUAGAGCAUUAGCUGGAGACUAGGAAAAAUGAGUGAUUCUGAAGCGGAUACAUUGGACUUUAUAAGUUUCUUACAAGAAACACAGCGUCGAAUCGAUUGGGUGAGUGAUGGUACUGGAACCGAGAUGAUCUAUUUGUGCAUGACCCAUGAGAGCUGCGAUCUGGACUCUGUGGUCAGCACACUGGCCAUAGCCUAUCUGCGUUAUUGCAACAAAGGCGGCUUGCCACAAUUGUAUGCACCAGUUCUGGACAUGCAGCGAAAAGAUUAUCCGGUCAAGACAGAGGUCUGCUUUUUGCUUGGUAAACAGGGAAUUAAACCAGAAAUCCAUCUCAUAUUUCGGGACGAUCUGCCCGAGGAGUUAUUGCUGAAGAGUCGCUUCAUUUUGAUCAAUCAUCAUGUGAGCCCGUUUCACUUUGGGACUGAAGAGGUGUACGACUACAGGAGCUUCCAGAGCCAGGCAGCUAGGCUGCCCACAUACUGUCAGCGUGUGAUGUACCCAGUAAGGUCGUGCGCGGCAUUGGCAGCCGCUAGGUAUUCCAAUUCCAUGUCGAAUUCCGCGUCUGUCAGAUGCAUACGGGUCUUUGAAUUGUUGCAUGCCGCCUUGCUGUUGACGAACCGAAACUUCAUAACUAUUCCGGUGGCGAAGCUCUGUCAUCUCCAGGACUAUCGUAUGAUGCUCUUCCUCGAACGCUAUUUGGGCAAACUGAAAGACCAUCAACGUACCAUUCUGUACAAUUCUCUAGUGAAUUCUAUUUUCGAUAUGAGACACUUGACACUGCCCCAGAUCCUUAGGCGGGAAUUCAAAAUCCUGAAGACCACGCGAUACAUGAAAGGUGUAAAGAGUACUCUGCGUGUGGUGCAGUGCUGUUUCCCCAUGGCCCUGACCAGAUUUAUUGCCUUUGAAAACGCCGAAUUGGCCAUUCGAGAGUUUGCUGCACACUUUGGUUGCAGUUUCGUUCUAAUGCUGGGCACUAGCAUUCGACCUGGCGGAUCGUUGGUCGUCAAGGAGCUGGCCGUAAUACCCGUGGAUGGGCUCAUCGCUUUGGAGCAUCGUCGCUUCUUCGAUCAUUUGAUUAUCAAUCUAUGUGCUGCCAACAAGCCGCAGCUGGAUCUGGAACCCUACCGCAACCUCGACUAUAUGCAAGGCGGCUUCUUUUUUGUAAACGCGUGGAAUGUCGGGCCCUACACAGUUCUCGAUCUUUUGCAGCGUGCUGCGUAUGAUUAUAUAACUGAAGGCGGUAAAGUUAUCAAAGACGAGCUAGAGAUCGAGCAACACCCAGGAGAGAAAAGGAUCAAGCGGAAGCUUAAGGUCAAGUUUGGGCUUAUAAAAGCCUGA